GCUGCUCAGUCCGCCUUCAGGAGCUGACAGACUGACAGCGACUUCCAGCUGCUGCGCCUCCUGACAGAGGAACUGAUUGAGUUCAGGUGAAAGACCCCCCCCCCCCCUACCCAUCCAUCCGAUCACCUGUGCGCCAUGGAAGAAGAAGGGUCCCACGCAGAGCCCGGCAGCUUGUCCGUCAGCAUCGCUGGCAGCACCCACACCAUCCCACAGCUGCAGCCCGAGAACUCGGAGCUCCACAUCAGCCCGUCCUCCGCCCCCUGCUCCCCGACUCCCACCGGGACCCUGAACCGGCACGGCCCGAAGAGCCCCACCAGCCCCACGGCGGCCUCCUCCCCAUCCGCCCCCGGCCAGGUGAGCGCCAUCACGGUGGUGGCGCUGCUGGACAAGCUGAUGAACAUGAUGGGGGCGGUGCAGGAAAACCAGCAGAGGAUGGAGCAGCGGCAGGCCGACCUGGAGGGCGCCGUCCGGGUGGUGCAGGGCGACGUGACCCGGCUGACCAAGGCCCACCUCAGCACCGCCAACAGCGUGAGCAAGCUGCUGGAGCGCUCCCGCAAAGUCAACUGCAACGUGAAGGAGGUGAAGGAGCGUCUGGACAGACAGGCGGUGCAGGUGAAGAAGCUGGAGGCCAACCACAGCCACCUGCUGAAGAGGAACCACUUUAAAGUCAUCAUCUUCCAGGAAGACAAUGAGAUCCCCACCAGUGUGGCGGUCAAAGGUGGCGGUCACUCCCCCAAGACUCCCGUACCAAGCCAGUAUGACGCUGAAUCCACCAUCCAGCCACCCCCGUCCAUCUGCGAUUCAGUGGAAGGCAGUCGUACCCAAGACGACGUGCUCCAGAAAGUCAGCCUGUCUUCAGGUGAGGAUGCUGACCUCGCAUGUGCUGCGUCCCACAAAGAUGAUGACGAGACGCUGGAGUACGAGUUUACUCCUGUCAGAUUUGAAAGAAGGUCUGACAAGUUCAAACGCUCCAGUCUGAAGAAGGUUGAUACCAUAAAGAAGGCCUUCACACGCGAGAAGAUUGGAGAAAAGGUAACCCAGAUUACCUCCAAGAUUGUGCCCCCAGAGAAGCGUGAGAAAAUCAAGAAGAGCUUCACCCCUAGUCACCCCAAGUCUCCAACUGCCAGGGCCUCCUCUUUCAAGAUUUCCCCAAUGACCUUCAAUGUGAAGAAGGUCAGAGAUGGAGACGGGCCUGCUCAAGAAAUGCGAUCACCUGAAGAAGGGGCUCACGUGGAGAUUCCGGUUUUGGCAGGUCUAGAUAGUAAGAUGCCUUCAGGGGAGGUGCGCACCAAGGAGGUGGUUGUGGAAGAGGUUCGGGAGACCCUUAGUCCUCCUACAGUGGAGACCAUCAAGGCAGAAGUGUCAGUCAAUGGAGAAUCAGCAAAUGUUGAGCCUGAAGUCAAUGGGGAGGGUUUGGCUGGCCUGGCGGUCCCAGAGCACGAUGAAGACGUUGGCGCGGAAGACGAUGAGGAAGAAGAGGAUGAAGAGAAGCAGAAAAGCCCCAAGGAGGUAGCAGCUGAAGUCCAGAUCACUGCAGAAACAACUGCUGUGGAGCAAGUGUCUUAAAACAUCAGCUACACUCUUUCUUUUCAUCUUAAAGUUCGUAAAAUUAAAGAAACCCCAACAGACACAGAUUAUCCUUCCAUUAUAAACAAGUUUGCUUUUACUGAGUGCUAAAACCUUUUCUUCUCCCGGAUGGUCCCCAGCGAAGUGUAAAUAUCUUCACACGUUGACUCCUGACAGCUGAAAAUGUUCCACUGCAGCUCUUUCUUGUUGUCAGGUAGCAAAGCAGCAGUGAUCCACCAUAAUUCACUGUUUAACUGAUGCACAUGACCAACAUGGGCGCACAUCACCACGGCGCUGGCGAGGAAAUCUCCUCCCACUGUGUUUGUCUGCCUCUUUUUCUCUGUUACUGUUGAAAAACAGCCCAUUUUGUUCCUUUUUCAAGUGGGAAAACAAAAAAAAUCAACUAAGCUAAACCUCAUGUGGCCUUGGCAGGUUGUGGUUGUGUUGCCAGGUUGCUGGAGCUGGUAUGGGGAGUUCUUGCAUUUUCAGCCAGACAGUUUUUGGGUUGUUUUUCUUUUUAAGGACAGAUUUAUUUGUAGAGUUAAGGUUGUUUACUGGAAUUUUUUUAAAAA